CACACACACACACACACACACACACACACACCCCUCGACCCCUCCUUUCUUCACUUUUCUAGUUAACCCCACCUCUUCCUUCCCGGCCCCACCCCGCAGCCAGCAACGUUUCAGCACCACGGAAAGCGGACAGCUCCUUUGCUCUCUCUCGCUCACUCUCCCCAAACACACAAGCACAAAAGGCUACCAGCCUGCCUCUUCCUCGCUCGCGCUGCUCCUUUUCAAAAGAAGAACUGUUUUGAUUUGCCUCCGUCCGAUCUUUGCCUUUGAUCUGCCCAGCAAACCUCAAUUCUUCUGCCGAGAAAGCGGGAAGAGAAAAGGGUUCCACAAUGAAUGCAGCCCGGAGGUCAGCCAAGGUGGACUCGGAGGUGACAGAGUCCCAGAUGGAGCCGUCCCUCAAUGCCACCGAAAUGCCCACCAAAGAGAACGUUUUUUCUGACUUGAAAGACAAGUUCAUGAACAAGCUGAGCGACCUGCCAAUCCCGCCCUGGGCUUUGGCCACCAUCCUCAUAGUGGCCGGCCUCCUGCUUCUCUGCUGCUGCUUCUGCGCCUGUAAGAAAUGCUGUGGCAAGAGGAAGAAAGGCAAGAAAGGCAAAGAUAAAGUGAAGGCCCAGAUCAACAUGAAGGAGGUGAAGGAACUGGGCAAGAGCUACAUCGACAAGGUCCAGCCUGAGAUAGAAGAUUUGGAUCCAUCUCUGCUGCAGGAGCCCAAGGAAGAAAAGCCCCAGGAGAAGCUGGGGAAACUCCAGUACUCGCUUGAUUAUGACUUCCAAAGCACCCAGUUGGUGGUGGGCAUUCUGCAAGCUGCUGACCUGCCAGCCUUGGACAUUGGGGGCACCUCGGACCCUUACGUCAAAGUCUUCCUGCUCCCAGAGAAGAAGAAGAAAUACGAGACCAAAGUGCACCGCAAAACCCUCAACCCCACAUUCAACGAGUCCUUCACGUUUAAGGUCCCCUACUCGGAACUGGGCGGCAAGACCCUCGUCAUGGCCGUCUAUGACUUUGACCGCUUCUCCAAGCACGAUGCCAUUGGUGAGAUACGCAUCCCCAUGAACACGGUGGAUCUGGCCCAUGUCAUUGAAGAGUGGCGGGACCUGCAGUCGGCGGAGAAAGAAGAGCACGAGAAGCUGGGAGACAUCUGCUUUUCUCUCCGGUAUGUCCCUACAGCUGGGAAGCUGACAGUUAUUGUGCUAGAAGCGAAAAACCUGAAAAAAAUGGACGUGGGGGGUCUUUCAGACCCCUAUGUUAAAAUCCAUCUCAUGCAAGGAGGGAAACGUAUCAAGAAGAAGAAAACAACCAUUAAGAAAAACACACUGAAUCCCUAUUACAACGAGUCGUUCAGUUUUGAGGUGCCAUUUGAACAAAUCCAGAAAGUCCAGGUUGUUCUGACGGUCCUGGAUUAUGACAAACUGGGCAAAAACGAAGCCAUCGGGAAGAUCUUUGUGGGCUGCAACGCCACGGGGGCCGAGCUGCGCCAUUGGUCCGACAUGCUGGCCAAUCCUCGGAGACCCAUUGCCCAGUGGCACACCCUGCAGCCUGAAGAAGAGGUGGAUGUGGUGGUUGGCAUAAAGACCUCUUGAUGCCCCUUCCUUGUUGGCCGAAGGAUCUGGCAACAGUUGCUUCUCCCGUCCAGAGCGAAUGGGAGUGUGUGGUUGAGGCACCCCUGAAAAUGUGCACGUGUGUGGGGAGGGGGGAGAGCCUGUGAGCCUGUCUCUUCUCUCAGAGCCAUUUCCUGUUGAAAAAAAAAGAAACAUCUCCAAGAGAGCGAAAAAAAAACCACCCCUCUGUUUUUUAUCCACUGUGUGAAAAAAAGAAGGAAGAUUACCUAGCAGCUUAAGACAGGUUAGAGAUUUACUGUAGGUUUACUAUGAGGCUUACAACACAACUUGCGCAGGUUUAUAUUUUUGGGUUGGUUUCUCACUUGAAAGCUGAACCUUAUGUGCCAGGCAGGCUGACUUUUUGACAAAGCGAUCUUUACAUUAACCAUGCCAUCUUUGGGGAAACCAGCCUCAAAUAAACCUACUGUUUAUCUUUUUUUACCUCUGAGUAUACUAUAGGUUCAUUACAGGUUUCUUUAAAGGACACCAUUUCAUAUACAUUUUGGGUAUUGUACUCUGGUGCCAUGUUUAAAAUCUAGACCUCAUACGUAAAUCUAUUGCAAACAAUGCCUAUAAAUGUGUUUACAAUAGAUUUACAAAAGAGUUGCGGCAAACUCUGUUCUCUGAUAAUAUUAACUUUUGGACACUCCAUUAUAAUACUGAUUUAGGAAGCUAGAUCUUAGGUGAAAACACUGGAAAUCUUUUAAAACAUAGUUUGAAAAUGCAACUUGACCGUGGCUCUACACGAUGCUUAAAAUAGCUUUCCAUUUCUGGCCACUGUGUUAAGAAAUAUUUCAAAUUUGGUCCUCCUUUGCAGUUGAAACUGCCUAAAACAGCUUAAUCGGGAUAAGGUUGCAAAUAUGCUGUGUGUGGGCUUCAUGUACAAAACAUAUUGUAGUAUAUCCUAAUUAUUUUAUUACAAAAUGUUCACAUACUUAUCUGACAUAUAAAAAUUAGCUGUCAUUGGAGAACUACUGUGGAUGUGUUUACUAGCAUAUAUUUACUAUAGGGUGUCCCCUUCCCAAAUUACAACAGUUUUAUGGAUGUUGAUGUUAACAGAGAUUUAAGCAUCAGCCAACGUAUUAAGCUGUUCGUAUAUAGCUUAUUCUACUUUAUAUUGACUUAAUUUGGAGUUUUAUAACAGUUUUGACAGAACCAUGUAUCCGUUUUACAGCACAUGCUUUACAACUUAUUUAUGAAAUGUUUGAUAUGAGUAUUAGAGAAAAUUUGCUAUAGGCUUUAUGUAGACUUAAAGCAGAUUAACUACAGAUUUACUAGUGAUUUACUAACCAACUUAAAAUAAUUUUGCUAUGUUACAACAUGUUUACAUUUUUGCUACAAGCUUAAGACUGGUUUAUUAUAAAACUGCAACGGGUUUACUGUUUGUUAGCAACCAGUUUGAUGCAUUUUAUAAAUGAGAAAAAAAGCAUUUAUCUAUAGGAUUUACAGCUGGUUUACAGUGGUUUCCCAUGGAUCGAAACAUGUUUACAACACCUUUGCUAUGACAAUGAUACAAAAUCAAUUGGUUUUAUAACAAAUAUUCUGCAAUUCUACAAACUAUUGUUUAAGACCUAAUCAUAUGCUGGGUAACUGUUUAGCAGGUACAUUAAUAGCUGGAUUUUUACUUUUAUUUUAAAAAUGGGAUUGCCAGCAAGCCAAUGGCUUGAAAUUCUGAAUUGAAAUACUUUUGUCCAAAUCUGAAAUCUGAAUUCUGGGCAUGACUCUGUGCUUUGGUCUUCUUUUUAAUGCUUUCAUGUUGCAUGGAGCCAGAAUAAGAAGGGAAGGCAAUACUGAAAUACUUAGGCCAAAACAUCUGUCAAAGGCCAAGUAAGUCCACAAUAAAAAAGAAAGAAGCCUAAGAAUUAAAAAAGAAAGAAGGAAAAACAUCCGACUAGAUCUUUUGAUCUUGAUAUUUGGACGCUCUAUUUCCCUCGCACCCCACCCCAAAUAUUUGACAAAGCAUCAUUUCUGGUCUCAGUUAUAAUCCUUUUACCAAAGGUUUUGUGCCUGCAAGUAAACAUCAGUGUUGAACCGCCCACUGAACUCACAAGCAAAUGAGCUUAGAUAGCAGAAAGAGUUCUAAAUCUGUUUCCAAUGACAAUUUGCAGAUGAGGUCCAGUUUUCAAAGGAACACAUUUUUAGGCUAAGUUACCAAGCAUUUUAUUAGACUUAUCUAUAAGCAUACUUUUGCUGAUGAUGUCAGCAGAAGGACAAAGGCUGUAGCAUUCUUGAUUUCUCAGCACAUUUGUCUGACUAUAUAUAUCGUAUACUAUAAAACUAUAGAAUUAUAGUUCUGUAGUCUCUCUAUGCUUUUAAAAAAAUAUAUAAUUGCGGCAAAAUGGCCGACUUUAACUUCCUGAUCUUGGCAACAGAAGAACUAACUCUAAAUUAGUCAAAGUUAAUGUACCUCAAAUGGGGAAGCAAAUCAGUAUUAUGUUUCUGAACUCUCUGCUUUAAAAUAAGAGCAACCAGGAGAAAGGGAAAUGGGAGGGGAAAGGAUUUUAGUCACUUAUUUCUUGUUUGGGGAAGAGAUGUUCUGAAAGAUCUCUGAGGUAGAGAGAUAUCCUGCUGGUGUUGUCCUCACAUCUUGGCUGUGAAGGUCCAAUUAAUAUAGGAACUGCUUUAUGCCAAGUCAGAUCACUCAUUGGACCAUCUAGUUCAGUAUUGUCUACAUCAGAGCUAACCAAUGUGGUGCCUUCCAGAUGUUUUGGACUACAACUCCCAUCAGCCCCAGCCAGCAUGGGCAAUGGUCAGGGAUGAUGAGGGUUGUAGUGCACAAAAUCUGGAGGGAUACCACAUUGGCGACCUCCGGUCUACGCUGACUGACAGUGGCUCUCUGGGAUUCCAGACCACGAUCUCUUCCAGAUCUAUGUGGAGAUGCCAGGAUCUGUACCUGGGAUCUUCUGCAUGCAAGCUGAUGCCUCACCAAAGACCUAAGGCCCUUCCCCAGUCAUCCACCGUUGUCUCCCUUAUAUUGUAGAUUGGUACAAAUUUCAUGUUCAGUCAAGGGGAGGAAGAAGAGCAUCAUCAUCUAUACUGUAACAAUACUGGGCCACCUUAGAAAGCCACUGUCCUGUUGAGCAGUGACAAAUGUCUACAGGCCAUAGUCCACAAAAUUACUUAUUUCCUGAGUAACAGGGUGUUCUAGAGAAGCAUACAAGCCAUUUGGACCUUUGCCAGAGUGACUGGAAAAGGGCACAGGAGGCCAGCUUGCUAACUCUUUGCCCACCAUCUAAAAAAUGUCCACACAAUUCUUUGGGAAUUUAGGAGCUCCCCAGUUACUUUCUCUUUGUAACUCUCCAAGCCACUGUUCGCGUUACUUUUCAUCUGAUUGUACAACAUCGGGAGUUGUGCAUCUGCACUCCAAAAGAAACAAACUUGAUUAGCUCUUGCUGGUCAUUGACCGUAUUAAAGAUAUUUGAUUUGAUUAGCUCUACUGUUAAUGCAAAUCAUGUAGGGCUCACCACCACCCAGAGCUGCGUGUGAAAUUUGAAUCUGACUUCCCUCUAAGAUUAGAGAAAAUAUUCCAGACAGUUCCAGACUGUCACCGUUUUGGGGUAGAAUUUGGUCACAUGCUGGUAAAUUCAGGUUUCACAAUUAUAGUUGAUUGGGAUGUCUUGUGGAACAAAACCGAUUCCCCAAACGAUUGGAUUUAUUGCAGUAAGGAAAGUGACAUGAAAAUGCACUGGGAACUAUAGGACAACACUUGAUGCAACAUUGUCUAACCCCUUCGCAAACAAUCAGAAUGAAUGUUUAUUAAAUAGCCAGCAUUGUGUAAUCUCCCUGCAAACAGAUCAAGAUGAAUAUAUUGAAAAGUCGGCCAGAAGCACCCUUUUACAACCAAAUACAGUGGUACCUCUAGUUACAAACCUAAUUCAUUCCAGAGGUCCGUUCUUAACCUGAAACUGUUCUUAACUAGAGGUGUGCUUUAGCUAAUGGGGCCUCUUGCUGCCGCUGUGCCGCCAGCACACAAUUUCCAUUCUCAUCCUGGCGCAAGGCUCUCAACUCGAGGUACCGGUAACUCUUCCAGGUUACCGGAGUUUGUAACCUGAAGCGAUUGUAACCUGAGGCAUUUGUAACUCAAGCAAAGCUCUCAACUCGAGGUAACUCUUCCAGGUUACCAGAGUUUGUAACCUGAAGCGUUUGUAACCUGAGGCAUUUGUAACUCAAAGUACCACUGUACAUUGAAGUCUUUAAAAAGAAGGCUCUUGUAAAGUAUUAGCACUUCAGGCCCUGCUUUUAAACGCAUCACAUUCAUUUCAUCCAAGACAGGAAAUACCUAUUAACACUUAUUUGUGCAACCCAGGGUAAUCUCAGAACUGUUGCUCCAGUGCCAGAUUUGUAAGCAGUGAGAUUUUAUUUCUCUUUAACUAGUACCUUCCUGCAGACGUGCAAAAACCAAUCUCCUUCCAUGCUUUGGAGAGAGAGUUAAAACAUGAAACCAAAAAAAGAAAGAAAGAAAAGAAAGAAAACCAACCAAUAAAAAGACUAGGCCAAGGUCAGUUGCCCAGCCAAGGGGCAUGGUGGCCAUUUUGUUGUGUAGCCAAUGUGUUUUUGUAGUUGCAGUGUUCAUGGAAUUGCACCGCCAUCUCCAUCCCACUUGGGUUUAGAAUAUUUACUGCUCUGUUGAUCUCCUCAGGUUCACCUUAAUUUCAACCCUGCUCCUACAUCUCUUUUAUUUUCAGUUGUUCGUCAACAACAAGAGAUGGCAGUUGCAGGGCCAAGGGGAUAUAUACUGUUUAAUAUGUCAUGCUAGAAGGUGUUCAUUUCAGGCUGCUGAACUACCAUCUCAUUUUCCAUUAUUUUCCUCAUGGUCCAUGAUAACUGAUGAGUGGACAAAGCAAUGGCCUUUUAGAAAGGCCAGUGUCGAUCUGUUAGUGAGUUCUGUGCUGUGUGUGUCUCACCCACUGUAUUCCACUAACAACAUAACCUUUUCCUAAGUCCCUGCUAACAUCCAUCUUCAACAAUCUGGCAUCAGCGAGCAUGUCUGUGCCCAGGUCAACAUGCCCAUCUAUGAAAACAGGCCACCUCCAAGUUUUGAGGGGUUGUGUAAUUUGUAACGGUUGAAGGGAUUGUGUAAAGUGCAGAAGGCUUUGUAACCUUGGUGCGUGUUGUUUCUAAUAUCCCCUUCAGUCCUCCAAACCACCCAUUUAAGUGGUGCCGUCCUCUGAAAGUCACCUCCGCUCCCCCUUUUGAAGCCUGUUUUAAUAUUGAUGUAUUUGACCAAACAGUACUCUUUGUCUGUUAAUAAAGAAGAGAUCUCUAUA